AUGCAGCAAUCUGAAAUGGUCAUGAACCCCAAACAAGUCUUCCUCUCUGUGCUGAUAUUUGGAGUUGCAGGGCUGCUACUCUUCAUGUAUUUGCAAAUCUGGAUUGAAGAACAACAUGCAGGGAGAGGAGAGAAGAAAAGAGAACAAAAAGCAACUUCAGGAUGGGGGCCAGUAAAUUAUUUGCAGCCUGCAUCCAGAAUCAUGACUAGACAUAAAAACCCAGAACACAUCAUCAACCAGAACCCCAGAUUCCACGUGCCUGAAGAUCCAAAAACAAAAAAGGAAAAGUUUCUAGUCAACUCUGAGAAGCCUACCAGAGUCUUAACAGGGAGCAUCCACUUACAAGAGCAUCAAGCUUUGGGUAAGACCACAAGGGCAUCAACAAAUAAGCUGACUGAAAAACAUCAAGAAACUAAGACACUUUUCAGGAAGUUCAGUGAACUGAACUGGCCAUUGAAAAUGAGUCCUUUAAAUAAAAGUUUAGUGAAAAACAACACUGACGCAACCCAAGAAAAACGAAGGGCUUUUCUUCAAGAGUUUUGCAAGAAAUAUGGUGGGGUGAGUCAUCCCCAAUCACAUCUUUUUCAUAUGGUAUCCAGGAUCUAUGUAGAAGAUAAGCACAGAAUCUUGUAUUGUGAAGUACCAAAGGCUGGCUGUUCCAAUUGGAAAAGAAUUCUGAUGGUACUCAAUGGAUUGGCCUCCUCUGCCCACAACAUCUCCCAUGAUGCUGUCCACUAUGGAAAGCACUUGAAAAAGCUAGAUAGCUUUGACUUAAAAGGAAUAUAUACUCGCUUAAAUACCUACACCAAAGCUGUGUUUGUUCGUGAUCCCAUGGAAAGAUUAGUGUCCGCAUUUAGGGACAAAUUUGAACACCCCAAUAGUUAUUACCAUCCAGUAUUUGGGAAGGCCAUAAUAAAGAAAUAUCGACCAAAUGCCUGUGAAGAAGCAUUAAAUAAUGGAUCUGGAGUCAAAUUCAGAGAAUUCAUCCACUAUUUGCUAGAUUCCCACCGACCAGUAGGAAUGGAUAUUCACUGGGAAAAGGUCAGCAAACUCUGCUAUCCAUGCUUGAUCAACUAUGAUUUUGUAGGAAAAUUUGAAACUUUGGAAGAUGAUGCCAAUUACUUUUUACAGCUGAUUGGCGCUCCAAAAGAGCUGAAGUUUCCAAACUUUAAGGACAGACACUCUUCUGAUGAAAGAACCAAUGUUCAAGUUGUUAGACAGUAUUUAAAGGAUCUCACCAGAACAGAGAGGCAGUUAAUCUAUGACUUCUAUUACUUGGACUAUUUGAUGUUUAAUUAUACUAUGCCAUUUUUGUAG